GCUCCCUGUAUUGUCAGUCAAACCUGAUCGAUCACCACCAUACCUACACUCCUCGUCACCGACACCAAAAACACCACCGUCAUCCUCAUCCUCAUCUCCACCCAUCACCAUCACCUCGACCUCCUCCUCCUCCAAGACGGCCUCCCUCUAUCAGGCGCGCCUGUAAUUCACCCUAACCUUCCUCCACUGUACCAUUAUUCAACCCCUCCUGCUCGUAUUCAGCGCUUCUUCAUCUUCGUCUUGUCAUUCCACGCGACCCACGACCAAGAUAACGAAAAUCCCCUGGACCACCUCACUGUGCAGCGUGUUCUAUCCUGCGCUGACUAUAGAACCCUUGACUACAAUUUAUUCACUUUUGACUUGACACGGGCUGACUCUUCUCCCAUCUGUCCACCCUCAAACCCCCUCACAUAUAAUCUCACCGACCAAACAUCUCCAAACAAGCCCACCCACAGUUCGUCACACCCUGCGGCAUCCCUGGCCAACCAUCUCCAUUGACUGGUCCCAAACAAAACCUCAUACUCCUCCACGGCAUCUGCUCCCGCAGUGCGCCAUUCGUUUCUCCAACCCAUCAUCAACCACUCAAUCACUGUGUUUCAGCUGCAGGCCGGCAGAGAAGUCCUCGGACCUAGAAACAACAUUCCACUCGCUCACUGUCUUACAUGAACCCAAGUCGGUUCGACUUCUCGCACCUAAACGGCUGUUGAUGAACUAUCCUUCCGAGAUUGGGUGCAAGAAAAGGUUGCAGUGAUUGGGGCUUACAUCUUUUCAUUUCCAUGACCUGUCGUCAACACCAUAAUUGCCCUUGGGACGCAACACCAUAGCCCGUCAUGGCAACCGCAAUGGAGUCACCCAUGGCCUUUCCAGAUUCUCCUCUGGAUCCCGACGAAGUUCCCUUUCCUUGCAAAGGAUGUGGACAGAUUCUCGAGGAAGGAAAGGCAUUUGAGUUAGCUGGCAAUCGAUGGCACAUCGAUUGUUUCCGUUGCAACACCUGCGGAACCCUUCUCGACUCCGAUGCCAACCUCCUCCUCCUCGGCGACGGUUCUCUCAUCUGCAACAAUUGCACCUAUAGCUGCAGCAACUGCAACAACAAGAUAGAAGAUCUGGCUAUUCUGACAGGCGACCAGGCUUUCUGCGCCAACUGUUUCAAAUGUCGCAACUGCAAGCGAAAAAUAGAAAACCUUCGCUACGCCCGGACGUCUCAAGGCAUCUUUUGUAUGGACUGCCACGAAGCUCUCAUGGCUAGAAGGCGCAAAAAGUCCGCAAAGGCUACAUCACAGAAGUCCAGAGGUCCUGGGACUCAUUACGACAAAUCCCUCCCGGCAAUUCCCCCUCCAGAAUCACGCAAACCAGCCCCUGUCCCAGAGGUGCAAUCUCCCUAUUCAGAUGAAUACCAGGACUCUCCCAACCCUGAUAUUCAAUCCGUGUCUAAGACCAUCUCCGAGCUUCAACGAGAUGUCGAUUCCAGGCCAUCUUCUGCAGAUCAGUCCAAUCGCGGUUUGUCAUUCUAUAAUCCAGCCUCCCCUCCUACACCCACUAAUUUGUUUGCUCUUCAGACUUGCGGACUCUCCCUUCGACAACCUUCCGAACAAACCGCCAUUCUAUGAUGUCGCAACGAUCAGACAUCAAUACAGGCCCAGAAGAGUUCUUGAUUCCCCUGGCCUUUGAUCCUACCCCUCAACCCUCCUCCCAAUCUCCAAGUGUUUCUGGUCAGGCCACACCAAGAGGCGGAAAUGAGGAGAGACCAAAAGAUUACUUUACAAAUAGACCUGCUCAGGCCCCCAAACCAGCCACUGCCAGUCCACAUAUAGCAUAUCAGGAAAAGGGCCGACAGGCCUCUCGAGAAGUCAACGACUUUGCACGACAGAAGAACGAGGAGGUUUUUGGUGGGUCUACCACACCAAGCGCCUCACCCUUCGUCGUCCCGGACCGUGUCCGCAAGUCGGAGGAUUCCACUCGCCAGGCAACUGCACCUCGUGCGAGUAAUGACCUGCUCACGAGUGACAAAUUCAAGUUACAGGAGGCGCCCAGGACGAAGAAGCCUGAGCGUCUGAGCCCCGUCUCACGCUCGGAAUCCACCACUCCCCGAAUCGAGACGGGGGACCCGGUCGAACAGUAUGCUACCAACCGGCUGCUCAAUCCCCCAGAUCUUGCCACCCCUUCAGAUAAUGGCUUCUCUACACCUCGACUUUCGAGCCAAUCCAGCCCCAGGAUCCAGGGCAACGAGUCUCCCAAACCUCCACAGCUCUCUGCAUCGUCCUUGUUGCAGGCUCUGCCAAAACGAGGCGAUUCACUUGACAGCGCCAAACGACCGCAAACAAUCACGAGAAAAGAGGUCGGCGCUGCAGCCAAUCUUCCCUCGACCCUGAGUGCUGCCAUCAAUGGAGGGUCCUCUCCUACACCAAAAGGAACGCCAACACCCGCCGACCUCGAACGAGCAAAUGGCGGAAAGGUCAUAUCAGCACCUAUUGGGACCCCCAAGUCCAAGAGCAUUUUUGAUACUGCCGACAACCCCCUCGAGGCGUCCGAGAUCAUCAGCGGCAAGACGAGCACAACAUCAUUUGUGGACCCUCGAGCACCACCAUUACCGCCACCGGAGCAUUCCAGAUCACAAUCUGUCAGUACGGUGCACUCGACAAAGGGCGGCGAGGGCGAAAAGUCGCCCGGACUUCCCAGAUACUCCACUGGCGGAGAAUUCACCAUGGAUGAAGACAUGGCGCGAAUCAUGGGCAAUGAGGAACAAGCUUCCUCUUUCCUCAAGAGGGUUUCCAAUUCAGUGCGACAUGGCCGCAGCUAUAGUGACAAAACUGGAAGACUUUCUCAAUCUCGAUGGCCUAGGUCGCCAGCGGUGCCUCAGACCUCAAUUGGUCAAGAAAUCAGUAGCCCUAGCACUGCCUCGCCCGAACAUCGGGACGAGCUUGCAUGGUUCAAAAACGAAUUGCGGCGCGAGAGGCAGAGAACCGUGGAGCGAGAGAAAAGGAUUGCUGAGUUGGAGACUCAGUUGGAGUCGGCAGUCAACAUCAAACAAGUCAAUUCUGAGCUCAAGGAAAAGCGCUCCACCAUGGUUGUAUUGGACACCCAAAAGGAAAUUGUUGUUCGUGAGCUUGAAAUCCUGACGGAUCACCUUGCUGCGGCAAAGCGAACGGGCCAACCAUUUGAUAUCGGAAAGAUGAACAAUGCCGUUCUGAGGGAUUUCGCAGAAGCAUUAGAACGACUGAAGAACUCAUUUGCUCCCCAGAUUGAGGAAUCGAUCCAGAAGCGGAAUGACCUCGUGGACGAGAUUGCGAAUCUGACACAGAUGAAGGACAAGAGCUUCAUGGAGUUUGAGCAACUGUCUUCCAAGAAUGCACAGCUAGCCGAGCUCAACAACCAGCUCGUUCAUCAAAUUCAAGGAUUAUACAAGGCCAACUCUGGCACCACCCAGCCCGAGACCAAAGCUGGCGUGAAUGGACUAGGCAUCUACUCACACCACAAAGACAAAUCCAACAUAUCACUCGACAGUCGGGACUUGCGCAACUUCUCGACCGACGCCACCGUGGUGGAUUCAGCCAGUACUAUCCAGGCGGGAGAAGCAGAGCCAGUCACAGUACUCCAGGGCCCUCAUGUGGUAAAUAUAAAGAAGGGACAAGCCAAGAAGUUUGACUGGAGAAAAGCUCAAAAGGUCGGCAAAGGGGUGACCAAGGGCAUCAAAGGCGCCUUCUCUUCAACACAGCAGAGCUACAACCGUGAGUUGCAAUUCGCUGAGAAUGGAGCGUAUGGAAGCCUAGGAACAUCAGGAGGACACGAAUAUUCGAGUCUUCCCAAGAAUGCAGAGCCCGCGAAGCAAGGCGGGUUUGGCUUUUUUGGCAACCAGAAAUCUGGCACAAAGCCGAAUGGAUUAUACGCCAUGCAGAGCAACAACAGCACGCCGUCUCUACUGGUGGAGGCAUCACAAUUGUUUGGCUCCGAUCUCGAGCAACGCGCCGAGUACGAAAAGUCAGCUAUCCCCGCGAUUGUCAAGACGUGUGUUGAGGAAGUGGAAUCUCGAGGUAUGGAUGUGGAAGGUAUAUACCGAAAAUCUGGGGGCAAUUCCCAGGUUCAACAAGUCAAGGAUUGGUUUGAAAAUCCACACCAAGACUUUGACCUCUCCGAUCCAGACUUGGACAUUCAUGCCGUAACCUCGGGACUCAAACAGUAUUUCCGUCGCCUGCCGAAUCCGCUCAUCACAUACGAAGUGUACGAUCGGCUGUUGGAGACAAUUUCAAUACAGGAUCGAGACGAACGCGUCGAAGCGAUGCAGGCAGCGCUGGAAUAUCUCCCUCGUGUUCACUACGAAACUUUGGAAUAUCUGAUGAGACAUCUCACUCGCGUGGUACAACGAGAAAAGGAAAACCUCAUGACCAGCACGAACAUUGCUGUGGUGUUUGCGCCCACAAUCAUGAGGCCUGAAAGUCUCAACCGUGAAUUGAGCGAUACCAAGAUGAAGAACGAGGCUGUGACAUGGAUGGUGGAGAAUUGCGACGGAUUGUUUGGGAAAUAGACACGUGUUUGGAUACGACCCCGGAGAGGUGCUUCCAGAACUUCGAUUUGACCUGUCCACUUGUUGAUGAAGGUGGAUCUAGGCGAAUUCAUUCAAGGGUCAUGGAUGGGAAGGAAUACCCCCAAUGACAUGCAUGUGGAUUUCAUCUCGGACUGACACAGGGUCGGGUACCGUGUAUUGUAAUAUAUGUCGACUACCUGAGCGAAGAUUACCUGGGACGACACUGGGCAUGUGGCGAGGCAUACGGGAUUCCAUAUGGGAUGAGGAAGCGAUGCGAUGGGAAUUAUUCAAAGCGUGGAGCGGGACGGACAGACUGAGUUGACUGCAUUGGAGGCUUCUGGAUCGUCAGUCCAAAGAUUUUGAUUCUGCGUAGUAGCGAGGUGAGAGUUCUUGCGAGCAGGCGAACCUCGAAAAGUGGUUAUAAUAGCAUGGAUUUGGAGACGGAGACUUGGAAUUUUGAAUCUGCACGUGUGUAGACGGACGUAGAGGACACAUUGCCUGUUGUAGAGGCUGGGUUGAUGAAGAUGAUACUGAU